GGAGUGGCGAAUGCGGAAGAUGAUGAAUACUAUUGGGCGGGAACAGAAGAUCCUCGUGUCGUGAUUACCACAUCCCGAUCGCCCAGUUCUCGUUUGAAAGAAUUUGCAAAAGAGCUACGUUUUCUCAUCCCGAAUGCGACCAAAAUCAAUCGGGGCAAUUAUCAGAACAAAGACCUGAUUGAUGCCUGUCUGGCUAGACAAAUCACUGACUUGGUGAUUGUGAACGAAACCCGCGGUGUUCCGGACACGUUGACUAUUAGCCACUUACCUUUUGGGCCGACAGCUGUAUUCACCCUAUACAAUGUCCAGGCUCGACAUGAAUUGGAGGAAGUCGGUCGAGGCACUGGGGCCAAAAUGCCUCAAGCUUAUCCGAACCACAUCAUACGGGGACUCAACACAAAACUCGGGCAACGCGUCCGAUCGAUCCUGACACACCUGUUUCCUGUACCCAAAGAUGAUACUCGGCGUGUUGUUACCUGGUACGAAGAGGAUGAUGUGAUCUGUUUUAGACAUCAUACCUUUAAAUAUGUGGCCAAAGAGUUGCAUCUGAAAGAACACGGUCCAUCAUUUGACAUGCGUUUGUACAAAAUUUGGCGGGGACCAUUACACGAGGAGGCUGCCGCGGAUGUCGAAUGGGUAUACAAACCGUACAUGUCAACCACAUACAAACGAAAAUUCCUUUCCGAAUAA